AUGCAGCGGCGCCUGCCUGCGCUCCCUGGAGCCCCGGCCGGCCACGCCGUGCCCUCUGCCUCCGCUGAUGACUUAUAUCGCCAGCGAUCGCGAUCGGGGCUGAGCCGAUCCAGGUCUCUGGGGAAUGGCAGGGCGUGUCCUGGGGCGCCAGGUCCCUCCCAUCUCCCCAUCCUGGCUCGGCACCUGGGGAGCCGGCGUCUACGCUCUACCCUAGAUGCGCAGGGAAGGGCGCACAGCAGCGCGCACCCCGAGCCUGGCAAACUGGGCAUCUCUCCGGGCUUCUGGAGUCUUCAGCUGCGCACCCUUGGAGGGCGGGGAGGGGGAGUCCCUGAAACGAGCGCGAGCUCAGCGAUCCUGGCAGAAGUUCCUGCCCAGCCGGGGAGCUCCAAGGCAAGAGUGGGGCUUCUCAUUCCUCUGACUCCCCAGGAGCCUUGCAGACACCUUCUCUGCUUGGCUUCCUUUUGCUCUCUUUCUGCUUUCUCAUCCUUUCACCUUUCCAGUCACACGCAGCCAAAUGGGAUUCCAGAAACUUCCAAGCAGAAUCCGAGAACAUUCUGA